AUGACAUCACGGCCCCUGUCCACUAAUGCUGUUUCCGAUCCCGGCGCAACUGCAAUCUACCAGAAAGUCAAGUCCAUGCUGCUGGAAUUUGCCUCUGGUCAGUCAUCGACCUCUUCUUCUUGUAUCACUUUUCAGAAAAUUGAAAAGUUUAUCGACUCGGCCACCAGCAUCGGAACCCAAAUUCAGGGCUUUGUGGGCGAACUGAAUGACGUGGGCCGAUUUGCGAGGAUUAAGACCAUUGGCUCUCCAACUUGCUUGACACCGGAUUACCAUUUCAUCUUCUUUCCGGAGCGUGUGGAACAGUUCCAGCGUCGACGGCGCAUGCUGCUGAAGCAAUUGUUGGUCUCCGAGAGACGCGGCCUACGAAUACGAACGGAUCUGCGAGAUUCCAGUACCCAGGCCUCAUUGGAUGGAAAAGGCGAUACUCCAACCACUCCCACCGCAGUCCAGCUUCCUAAUGGCGACCCUAGACGGGCUCUCUCUUCGGACAUGCAGGCUCAGUUCAGUUCUCUGGAUUUACCCAUCGAUCGACUUACUCAAAUAAUCGCAGUGGAGCAGGUACUUGUACAACUGUCAGAAACACGGCUUCGAUUUGAAAAAUUGUGGAGUGGAUUUGUCAAGCGUCUCAAAAGUUUGCAAACUGUACACCAGUUUGAGCUUCGUUUUAAUCGGCCAUUUGUAGCUGUUUGUCGUUUCAUUCAACACAGUACUCAAGGCUGUUUCAAAGUUACCUCUUUCUGCCCUUUCAUAUGGUCACUCUUCAGUCUAUACAUCCUGAGUCCACCCAAGAACGAUUCACAGCCGUUUUCGUGUACGGGAACUUCUGGUUUCAUUAUGAAGUACACCCUUCUUGCUCGGAAAUCUGUUAGGCGGUCAUCAUAA